AUGGAGUCAGAACGACUCAAUUGGCUGAGGAGUAAUCAGUCCAAACUAAGAGUUGGGAAAUAUAACCAAUUACAGGAAAAAACUCGCGGUAACCAAUCAAAUCCAGCGUCUAAGAGGGGAAAACGUGUUGUUUUGCCAUCAACUUUUGUAGGCAGCAAAAGAUACAUGGAUCAACUUUAUUUCGAUGGUAUGGCCAUUUCAAGCAAAUUAGGAUUCCCAGAUUUAUUCGUUACUUUUACUUGCAAUCCUGCAUGGCCAGAGAUAACACGUGCACUCGCCGGCACUUCAUUGAAGGCUCAUGAUAGACCGGAUUUGGUUACGAAAGUUUUCAAAAUUAAAUUCAACGAGCUAAUGAAUGAUAUAACCAGACGCCAAGUCCUCGGCAAGGUAAUCUCAUUUAUGUACACGAUUGAAUUCCAGAAAAGAGGGUUGCCGCAUGCUCACAUUUUGGUUUUUUUAAGUCCUCAAAGCAAAUAUCCAACACCCUCUGACAUUGAUAAAAUCAUUUCUGCCGAGAUUCCUGACCCUGCUGUUCAUCCGGUUUUAUACGACUUGGUCUCAGCGCACAUGAUGCACAGACCUUGUGGUCCAUCGCGCAUGAAGUCUCAGUGCAUGAAGAAUAGAAAAUGCUCUAAAUACUUCCCAAAAAAGUACCAAGAGGAAACCGUUGUUGAUUUAGAUGGUUAUCCCCUAUAUAGGAGAAGAUCUAAUUCCCAUGUUAUAAAUAAGAAUGGUGUCGAUUUGGAAAACCGUCAUGUUGUGCCUUACAAUACAAGAUUUCUUUUGAAGUACCGCGCACAUAUUAACAUGGAAUGGUGUAACCAAAUUACAUCUAUCAAAUAUCUUUUUAAGUACAUACACAAAGGAUUUGAUCGAAUAACAGCAACGAUUUCAUCUUCAAACUCCACAUCAGGAAGUGACAAAGAGCCUGUUGAUGAGAUUAAACAAUAUCUAGAUUGUAGGUAUGUCUCCCCAAGUGAAGCGUGUUGGAGAAUUUACUCUUACAACAUUCAUGGUAGGAAACCAGCGGUGGAACGUAUGUUUUAUCACUUAGUAGGCGAAAAAGCUGUUUACUACCCUGAUCACGCUAGAAUGGAAAACAUCUUAGAAAAGGCGAGUGUCACGGAAUCAAUGUUCACAGCUUGGUUGGCUGCUAACGUGAAAUACGAAGAUGCACGCGACCUGACCUAUGGACAAUUCGUCUCUAAAUUUGUUUAUGAAAAGAGAACCAGAACAUGGAAACCUCGCAAGAAGGGCUUCACAAUUGGCCGUUUGAUAUGGGUUCCACCCAGCACUGGAGAACUAUUUUAUUUGCGAAUGAUGUUGACUGUAGUGAAGGGACCAUCAUCGUACGAACAAAUCCGCAAAGUUGGUGACACUCAAUUCGAUACUUUUAGGGAUGCCUGCUUUGCAAUGGGCUUCCUCGAAGACGAUAGAGAAUACAUUGGGGCAAUAAAGGAAGCGAGUGAGUGGGGUUCCGGUCAUUUUCUCCGCAAACUUUUUGUAGUCAUGCUUUUGUCCAGUGGUGUUAAUAGGCCUGGUCAUGUCUGGAGCGAAUCAUGGAAGCUAUUAUCUGAUGGUCUGCUGCAUGAACAGAGACUCUUGGCUCAUAACACAGAGUUGACUCUCACUGAAGAGCAGUUAAUGAAUUUGACUUUAACUGAGAUUGAAAAACUCCUUCAAUCUAAUCGACGCAGUCUCAAGGAUUUUAAACCGAUUCCAUAUCCGGACGGGUAUGUUCUACAACAAUUGGGCAACAAAUUGAUAUAG